UAGUACCAUUUGCUUGUCAAUAGUAAGUUCCGCUGCACAUCAUCAUCAUCCUGACGUCAAUCUUUCCAGCAUGAUAGAUAUAUCAAUCCUCCUUACAGUUUGCAUGAUGCGAAUCCGUGAUACACCACAUAGCUUGCCAUUAUCAAUCCGCGCAAUAAAGCAGAUAUGCCAGCCUGCACACUCCGUCUCCUUUCUCUCGCCGUUGCUAUCCCUGAAUUCCUUUCAGCACUCUCAAAAACUUCAGUCACUCCCCUCACAAUUGGCAGGGUUGUGCGCUGGAUUGUCCUUCCAACAUCGAUAUCAAUUGACCCACUUCUUGCACGUAACAUUCAUUGGGAUAUCUUGAUGAUCCUGCCAAAUACCGAUGUCCUUCCAUCCUCACUUCAAAAUCUUAUUAUCCAUCAAUGGCAGGUUACAGCAGGAGUACCUUCAAGAUUAAUUCAAGAUUUCACAUCAAAGAAUGAGAAACUACUUAAGUCUCAACCGGAAGAUAUACCACCUCUCACAGGAAGGUUAAACGAGCACAGCACGACAUCUUCAGCACAGGCUCUUGAGCUCUCCCCUCCAUUACUAGAAUGGAUUAAAACAUUCAGCAAGCAAGAAGGACGAGGCGCAGUUUCUAUGCUUAAUCUUCUAGCAUUUCAACCUGGACUCAAAGAACAAUACUUAAAGUAUGGAGUGGAAUUUGCGAAAUCGAUCGGGUCUAAACGAGGUGGUGUUGCGAAAAUUGUUGGAACUGUGAUACAUGAAGGAAAUUCGGAAGAAGGAAGUGAAUGGGACGAGGUUGCGUUGGCACAUUAUCCGAGUAUUGAACAUUUUGCAGAUAUGUUAGCCAGUGAAGACUAUCAGGAGGUAAAUCACAAGUACAGGGUGGGAAGUUUGAAGGAUACUUUUAUUCUUUGCACAACGGAAUUGAAUUUGCCUACAUGGAACAAGAGCGAGUCGAGACUGUAGAGGGCGAAGAGUGGUACGAAAUUGCAUCAUUGGCAAGCUAUAAUUAUAGAUAUGAGCUGUUCUUCCGUUCCAAGAUCCCCAGAAGCAAUCUUGGCCAUCUUUCACUGCUAAGACAAUGCAAUAGACCCGAAAG